AUGUCGAGAGAAUGGCCAGUGGAAAUUGAAGUUCGGCUCUUCAGCUUAGUAUGCGACUUCAAGCCUGCUGGGGAAAAAAAAGAUGAGCAUAUGGCCGCCAUUGUGGCCCAAAUCAAUCAAGAUGUUCCUCAAGAGAAGCAGUACAGUGCAGAAGAAGUGUGGGAGAAGCUUGGACACUUUUACAAUCUACAGCGUGUUGAGGCCAUUGAAAAUGAAGAUGACAAGGUAGAAAAAGAGAGUGAUGUGGAUAGAGGCGAGGACAAGAGUGAAGCUACAGAAGACAAGACCAAACCAGAAAGACGUACACGAACUCGAACGAGGGAACCAGAACCCAAGGAAACACCCGAUGCAGGGAUCUACUCGUCUGAGCUUAGUGAUGUGGAAGGUGAUGUGCCCGAAGAUGAUGAUAUCCUUAAGGUGAAGACGAAGACGAGGGCAACGAGAAAACGCACACCCAAGAAAGAAGAGCCUAAGGAAGCGAAGAAAGAGGACGAGCCUCCGCUGCGAAAACGCACAAGAUCAAAUGCUAAAAGUGAAGAUGCUCCUCCAGCAAAAAGAAGGUCAAGAGCAGGCACGCCGCCAGUGAAAAGGCGAAUGAGGUCAGGUAAGGACGACGAAGAGACGGGACAAGAAGAGAAGAGCGAGGAGAAGAAGGACGAGAAGAAGGUGGAUGCAUCUGAGAAAAACGACGACAAAGACAAAGAAAAAGACGUUGUGAAAGAGGAAGAUAUUAAAGAGACGCCAAAGGAAACACCCAAGAAGAGAGCAACUAGAACAGCAGUUCGUCGGUCGUCUAGGAGAAAGUGA